CUGGUGGAGGUUUUGAUGCUCUCUCUUCUGCGUCAUCCUAAUCUAGUCAAUUUGAUCGGUUACUGCGCUGAAGGCGAUCAGCGUCUGCUUGUGUACGAGUACUUGCACUUGAAAUCCUUGGAUGAUCUCUUGCACGAUCUUCCUCCUGAUAGGGAGCCGCUUGAUUGGAACACGAGGAUGAUGAUAGCUGCCGGUGCGGCGAGGGGAUUGAACUAUCUGCACAAUGAAGCAGAUCCGCCUGUUAUCCAUAGGGACAUGAAAACAUCCAAUAUAUUGUUGGAUGAAAAAUACCAAGCAAAGCUUUCUGAUUUCGGUCUUGCCAAGUUUGGUCCGACUGGAGAUAAAACACAUGUCUCGACUAGGGUUUUAGGAACCCAGGGCUAUUGUGCCCCCGAGUAUGGACUGAGUGGGAAGUUGACGAAGAAGUCCGACAUCUACAGCUUUGGGGUGGUCUUGCUUGAGAUUAUUACCGGGAGUAGAGCUCUGGAAUAUGUUGAUGGUCAUGCUAGAUACAUUGUUGAAUGGACGCGUCCAAUUAUGAAAGACCGCAAGAACUGCAUACAAUUGGCAGAUCCGAUGCUUGAAGGUCAAUUUCCAGAAUCCGUUCUAAGGAGGGUUCUUGACAUGGCGGCAAUGUGCAUUCGAGAAGAGCCGAACAAGCGUCCCCCCAUCGAAGAAGUCGUGCUCGCUCUUGAUUACUUGGCAUCCCAAAAGUAUCAUCCCCAUACAUCAACCAGGGUCAGCACAAAGUAUGCGGGCAAGGACAAAUCUCCAAAUGAAACGACGACAAUGCUAGACAAGGAGCUGGAGCGCGAGCAAGCCAUUGCAGAGGCCAAAAUGUGGGGUGAGAGCUGGAGAGAUAAGAGACGGCAGAUUUCACUAAGCACCACCAAUGUCCUGAGUAGGUGACGGCUGGAACAAGUCGCUCUAUGUUGGUCCCCUUCUUAACGUUGAGCACAGAGAUUUUCGGAAAUACUGGUUUUUGAUUUAUAAAGCCUAGAUGGUUAGGCAUUGGCAGCGAGACGUUGCAACAUAGAUGCUAGCAACUCUUCGCAUCUUGAGUGACAAUUUCAUUCAAUGUCAGGAAGUC